AUGGCGUUGGAAGGAAAAGUCAUCGCCGUGACGGGAGCUGCGUCAGGGAUAGGACUCGCCGUCACCAAUGUCGUAGCAUCCCGGGGCGCAAAGUUGGCGUUGGCUGACAUGGCAGAACGGCCGUUGAAAGAUCUGGUCGAGGACCUGAAGAAACGAGGUGUCGAGGCCGUCGGCACUGUCCUCAACGUGACUUCGGACGUGGAUGUGCAAGAUUGGAUUGCCUCGACCGUGAAGCAUUUCGGAAAGAUCGACGGCGCGGCCAAUGUCGCCGGCUGGGGUGGCGGCUUCGUCAACCUCGAAGACACCGACAACGCCACGUGGGACAAGAUAAUGGGCGUGAAUGCCACAGGAACGUUCUACUGUCUGAGGGCAGAGUUGAAGGCCUUGGGCCGGGGAGGAAGUAUCGUUAACGUGGCAUCCCUGUCUGGGAUCCGCGGUCGCACUGGAUUAGGAGCAUAUGUCGCUUCUAAGCAUGCAGUAGUGGGCUUGACCAAGACGGCGGCACGAGAGGCCGGUGUCAAGGGCAUUAGAGUCAAUGCCAUUGCCCCGUUCUUUGUGAAUAUACCCGAGUUCCACUCCUUUUUGCUAAUAGCCCGCCCCACCAGAGGCCCAACCGAAACACCCAUGCUUGACGCACUGCUGAAAGGGCCGACGACCACGACCUCCAGCAGCACGCUCAACACGUACUCCAGCCUUCCUCUCGGGAGAAUGGCCCAGCCGGAAGAGCAGGCCCAAGCCGUCGCCUUCCUGCUCAGUGACGACGCCUCGUUCAUCACGGGAGCGGUGCUGAGCGUGGAUGGAGGUGCUGCAGCCUAG